AUGGGAAGGCUGAUAUCAGACAUUCUGACUGAGAGUGGUCUGAUUGAUACUCUGAGAGCAGCUGGCUCCAUUCAAGAUCUGACUACUAUUAAUGGGAGUACUCUGGAUGCCCACACUCUGAGGAGAAUGCAGUUGAUUGGAAAGGUGACUUCUACUCCAACAGUGAUUCCUGAUAUUCUGACCAGAAGAAAUCCAGUUGUUGAUUUUCCUCUAAUUUUCAAGGAAGAACUAUCAGAAUCUGUCCAACUCUAUUUGGAGUCCUGUGUAAGAGACCAAUCAGAAGUUGAUCCUUCUUGGAUUCGAGGAAGAAAUCCUCCAUCUUUGGAUGAGUUAAUCAAAAGGGAUAAGAAGAAGAAAGAGAAGAAGAAGAAGAGAAAGGUUACUGGCGAAGGUCCUGCUGCAAAGAAAGCUAAGAAGCAGAAGAAACCUUCGGGUAUUGUUAUCUCUGACUCUGUACCUGUUAAUAGUUCUGAACAAGUAUCAACAGAAUCUCUCAAAAUUCCCAGAACUUCUGAACAGUUUCAGAAGUUAAUAGAAGAAAUUGGUAAUGUAGACACUUCUAGUUUACAUUCUUCUUCUGACCUUCCCCCUCAGCAAAAACCACCAUCUUCUGAAAUUCCAUCUUCUUCCACCACCACAAAAAGAAAACGCCCACUUCAUUCUGAACCAAUUAUAAACCCCAAACCACUAAAUGUUUUCUUUCCACCAAUUCCAUCUAAAAAUAUAUUCUCCACUAAUCAACCAACCUCCUCUAUUCCUAAACCAAUCUCACCAAUUGCUGACCCUUCAUCACCAUCCACAUUUUCUGACCCUAUUGUCGUAGUCUUAGAUUCUGACAAUGAAGUUGAAUCAUUCCUUCAACCAUCCUCUUCAAACACCUCUUUCUUGUUUGAUAGAGUUUCUGAACCAUACUCGAUCUUUCAACCAGAAUCUCCAAUCACCCGUCUCAGAACCAACCCUCCUAAACCUUCUGUUGAUAUACGUUUUGAAUUAUUAAAAUAUAAGGCAGAGUUUCUAGACCUCCAGAAGGAUUGUCUUGCUGCUGCUCCUGGUCCUGCUGGACUAGCUCUGGAGUAUGUUGCUGGCAUUAAUUCUCAUCCUAUUUCUGACUGGAAGCCUCUGGAAGAAGCUCCCUUUGUGGAUGAAAUGGAAGUGGAUAAUCCUUUGCCUCUGAUUGAGUAUCCUCCUAAAGAAGACCCUGCUGAAGAAGAGCAACAAGUUACUGAAGAGCAACAAGGUGAAGCUAUUCCUGUUGAAGAGGAACCUAUUGCUGAUAAUCAGAUGAUUCCAGCUUCUGAUGUUCCUACUUCUUCUGUUGGUCCUUCUACAUCUGUUUUGAUGGAGACUCUAAAGGAACUCCAAGUGAAUCAAUCUUCUGUGUUCACUCGUCUGGACAAGCAAGAUGAAACCAAUGAGGAAUUCAAAUCUUGGAUGCAGAGAACAGAAGAAUCCUCCAAGAAGCAAGCUGAAGACACUGCUGAGAUUAAGAACCUUUUGGUAGCCUUAGCCUCUAAGUCUAGCCAGUCGUAA